AUGAUAUUCCUACUUUUUAUUUUAAACUUAGCUCAGGCUGGACAUCCUGGAUUAUUCAAGCAAUCUACAAUUCUUACACAAAAACUCCAAAAAUCUUUAUGGGAUGAAGCUUUAAAUGACCUGGACUCAAUCCAAAGCCAAUUUAGCUAUACAUUUGACGAUUUUCUUCAAUGGAGAGAAAGGUUUGUGCAGCUUCAAGAAAGCACCAACGAGCAAAUCUUACGAGAACUCUUUGGCAAGGUAGGGGAAAGGGACUUACGAAAAGAAUUAUCAAGAUGCGGAAUUUUAAAAACAUUUGACCCUGACAUCAAAUAUAUCCAAGACGUCUGCAAAGCAAAGAAUUCUGCUUAUCAAAUAGUGAAACUUGAGCUUGGAGAUUUGGCUGAUAAAACAAAAGACUGUUCUUUGGUUGUCCCAAAGUUCAAGGUGAGCAUUGAUACAGCUUAUGAUGAUUUUUUGAUCAGUCCUUUAAGCUUUCUUCAAAUAUCGAAAAAAAUCGAUGAAGAUGAAGAAGCAGUUAACAUUGUGGAUACUGAACAGUCGGAGCUCAUGCUCCAAGCAAAUGAUGAAAUUAUUGAGAAAGAUAAGGCUAAUACAGCGUUUCUAGAUGAAAAGCAGCCAAGUGAUAGCUCUUCUCAAUCUCCACAAGCAGCAUCACAACGAAAAAAUCCAAUGCAAAAUAUCAUAGACUUAUAUGACAAAGAGGCAGAAAAUGUGUGCAAAGACUACAAAGAUUUGACGUCAAAAUUGCUAAAUUUAUAUCAGUCAGGACAAUUAUUAGUUAAUAAAAUUUCAUUUUAA